UGAAAAUUCCUCCGUCUAUCGCGAUGUGUCAACAAAAAAAUUUCCCCACAGAAUGUUGCCAUAGGCAACACAACCUUUUUCUCUCACUGAGUGCCAGUUCCACACACCACAGGAGUUGAACGUCCUAUACUGAAAUUUAGCAGCACACCAGCCUGAGCAGGUAAGUAAACUUUGUGCUAUCAAUACUACUAAUUUUUUUGAAAAAGUUGCGUAAUGUCGAACAAUCGAGUGAGGCGGCGUGUUUAAGGACGUAGACCUGUGAUUUUACAGAGCCGAAUUUGUAGCUCUGGCUGAUUUAACUCACGGGCCAACAGUAGUUUGUAAAUUGACUUAAAUUAGCAUUAACUUCAAACCUCGAGCAAAGUACCCAUUCAGUUGAAUGACUUUGCAGGUGCUUUCUUGAUUUUAAGGAUCGGCUUCAGCUUAGGAACCUUCGUCUUUCUAUUACAGAAUAUUUAAUGUUUUAGUGUAAGGACAAGAGUUACUUAAGAAACUUGUGAAAAUUUGAACGUUGAAUUCUUUUUGUGUUAGCCAUCCAUAUGUUAAAUCAAUUUCAAUUCCACAACUCUAUUUUGUGUUGGCAUAGUAUCGAAGAAUCUCUAGUGCGCUUCAAUCAAAAAAAUAAUACAUACUUGAAUAACAGAGCUGGUACUUGUGUUCUAUACAAGAGAAUGAAUAAAAUGUCUAGACAGAUGCGUGUGACUUCGUCUGGGAACUCGAUUUCUGGAAGUUCGAUUUUCGAAAAUUGGGCAAUCUUAUAGUUUCGAUUACGUAAACUUACCAGUGCAUAGAAAGCGCUGGAGUCGCAUAGAUUUUCACGAGAUAGCACAGAUGGGAAAUGGAAUUAGUAAAAUUCGAUACAUUUCCAUGAAUGAAUAAGAAACAAUCAGGGCCUUUAUUGUGUUUUAAAAACAAAUACCUCGGUUUAAUCAAUCAAAUCACGAAUAAAGCGCUGGUAUAAUCUAUUCUUGCAGCAGGUUUUAGAGUAAGGUCCGCUCGAGUCCGCUCAUGAAUGUUGAAUCAGGGCAGAGGUGACAUUUCAAAGUACUGUUUUUCUUCUCGAUUAACACUUGAUUUAAAUUAAUUCUAUUCAUGGUUCAACGAAUUUUGAUUAGCUUUUAGUUCAUUGAAAUUCGAAGAUACAUAUCAGUGUAAACAAUCAAGUGGGGGUGCAUCUGAAAUGUCCACCGAAUAAUAAAAUUGUGUAUCACAAAUACGCCCAGUGUUGCGCUUCCAGUUCACUAUAAAACCCAAUCCCUAGGGACGAACUGCACUCACUACGCUGACUAUUACCAGGUGAAAGGUGUUCCUUUAUUACAUAUCUCUCUCGUCAGUACUUCAUAAUACAAUUUUUAUCACACAUUUAGAAUAAUACUGCCGUUUUUUUUAUGUGAAGACUGCAAACUCUAAUAUUUGAAUUUUAUUUGGGUCGAAUUUUCAGGCGAGCUCAACAAUGCCGUUUCGACAUGCGAUGAUUUUGCUGAUUGUGCUAGGCAUUUCUUGUUCUUUGGCGGCUGUUGGUUCUUCAUUACCUGCUUCCCGUUAUGACAAAUCGGCCAACCUCAACGGCAUUCCUCUGAAAUUUGCUGCUACUCAUUUUCCGCCUCAUAACAUACUGACUUUGAUGCCUAACGGGAACUACACAGACAUCGGUAGUACCCCGUUGUAUUUCGCCUGGCUCGCAGAAAAGCUCAACUUUACGAUUUCUUAUGAUUAUCUGCCUAACGAAAUAACAAAAUCUCAGUAUGGCAAUUUGGGCGACAUUGCUCUCGUUCUAAAAGUUGUCCAGGACAAGAAAUUCGACGGAUCAUCUAGAUUUAUUAUUGCUUCUUCAGAAAGAAUGAAAACGACCGAUUUCGCCAUUUUCAUGUGGGCUGAAUCGCUAGCCAUGGUAGUUCCUCUACCUGGAGAAGAGCAUCGAAUUUUUGCAUUUGUUCACCCGUUUCAGUCCACGGUAUGGCUGCUCAUCUUUAUUGCCGGUUUCAUAAUGGUUGUCUUAAUGGCACUCUUUUCGGAAAUUUAUUGCAAAUUUUUUUUAAGUCCUGAAACUUCCGUCUGCAUUGCUAGAAAAUGUACGAUAAAUGGUUGGUUCACAUAUUACUUGAUGUACAUAAUCAACACCAUGACAAACCAAGGAAAUGCAAUUUCUCUUCGUCGUCUCUCCUUCCGGAUACUCGUCGGAGUUUGGGUACUGGUCGCCACGGUCUUGGUCAACAGUUACUCGGGUACCGUCAUUUCUUACCUAACAAUCCCGAAUAUGAAACCACCCAUCAACACGUUCGAAGAUUUGGUCGCAAGCGAAGACGUCGAACUCAUUAUUUUAGCUGACACCAUGACCAAAAAGCAAAUACUGGAAGCUACACGCGGUGCACAGAAGAUUCUUGGCGAUGAUAUUCGCGCACAUCCUGAUCGAAUAUUAAAUAGCAUAGAGGAAGCGACCGUUCGCUUGAAAACUGAGCGAUAUGCCUUUGGAAAUUCCCAAUCGUUUUCCAACAGCUUCAUCGCUAGUCAGUUCCAGGAGAAUGGCAAGUGUCGUUUCAAAACAUCUGACCCUUAUUCAAUGACCAUGUUUUAUUCUAUGCCAUUGCAAAAGGACAGCAAGUACACGCCGAUUUUUAAAUACGCUUUGAUGGAACUCUGGGAAACCGGACUUCCUGAAUAUUGGGUGAAAAACAGCAUGCCGCGAGCGCCGAAAUGUUUCGAGAAAACCAAACUACGGAGAACCGCCAUCCCCAAACCUAUUGGAUUGGAUGAUCUGGCCGGAGCUUUUUUCAUUUUGGGCGUCGGCGUCGGUCUAGCAACGUUCUUCUUUCUCGUGGAGAACAUGAUUCGAUUCAUAUCUCUUGCGAAGUCAACAGCGACACAAAAACAAUAGAAUUUGAUGGCCAUCAUUUUCGUUCAUGUUUCAACGAACUUAUUGCAAACCUUGUUUCAUGAUUUAGUUAAUCUAUAAUACGACUAUAUUUAUUGCGCUUUAUUUUAGCGGUGCAAAAAAAUCUGUGUUACAGGUUAUUAGGAUAUUUACAACAUGAAACAUUCCUUCCCUCAAUUCCCUCUUGCUGAUUGCCCCAUUGACCCAGCAUUGACCAAUCUCGCUACACCCGACUUUGUUUUAUUACGUUUUAUAAAAUUUGAAGUACAAUUUGUGCGCUUUUUGUUCAGACACCUUGCUUAAAAAGCUGAUUGGAUAAUAUGCACUCUAAAAAGUAACCUAGGUCCUUGUACGUUAUUAGAGGGAGUUACUAUUACAUUUUUUGUUAGAGUGUAGUGACUAGUGAACCAUUUCGUAUUUAUAAACGGUAGAGGUGAAUAGAUAGCGGUGAA